AUGGUGGUGGUGAUGGUACGCAACCGUGGGAUUGAACGAGCUGUACGGCAGUGGCGGCCACAUAGACUGCUGUUUGCCGUUAGCUGCGGGGCCGUGACGGGUGAUGGAACAAGUGCCGGAACAAGUGGCUGUUGUAGCCUUGUAGGUGGAGAACGCUGCCUCCGUAAUGGGGCGACAUCCGAGCCGUGGCAUCGACAGCCAUGCAAGCGGUCGCAGAGACAGCGCUACCGCCGGCGGACGUGUGCGUGCGGAGGUGCUACAACAGUUCUGAAGCUCUGCCGCACAGCGAUUCCGCCGUGGCCGAUUCGGUGGUGGCAGUAG